AUGCUGACCCAACUGGCGCGGGUGGAGCUAGCGGGGGCGGUGGCGGAGGAGGUGGGGGCGGCGGGGGGAGUGGGGGUGGCGGUGGAGGUGGUAGCGGGGGUGGGGGUACUAGUGGCGGCAGUGGAGGCGGAGGUGGUGGCGGCGGUGGCGGUGGGAGCGGAGGUGGCGGAGGUGGCGGCGGUGGAGGCGGAGGCGGGGGUGGGGGUGGUGGAGGUGGUCGGAGUGUGUCCCAGGUAG